AUGACUGUUAUCCCAUGCAAACACAUGGAAAACCAAAAUCAAAAAGUCGCAAAUUCAUUAACUGCAGCCUUGUCUCUAAGUUGCCCUAUAUAUUUUUUCAUUUAUGAUCACAUUUACACUCAAUGCUUCAUCAGCGAAAACAGAAACGAAAUAUAUUCUCCAUCACCCGGCUGCUAUCAAAUCAAUGCACUGCAAUAUAUUGGCGCGAACCCACAAGUUGCUGGCUGGCCAGGUAUUACAGUGAAUGAAUGCUACCUGAUGGACGGCUGUCCGGUUAAUGGCAAUUGUUACCGACCUGGUCAGCUCACGAGAGUCCAAGUAAGAUCAGGAAAAGACACAGCUCGUCAAAGUGUCCAAACUGGUUACAACUACUUCGGUCAACCGAUGUGUCUUAACUACAAUCCAACAACACCACAAGAAUACUUGGACGGUUAUCAUCAAUGCAGACAAGCUGGUUGUGUGGUUGACCCAUUAAUCACUCCAAAUGUACUUAAACAACAGCUUUACCAAAUUGCAACAACAUUACCAGUUACUCAGCAAUUGCCGUUUUGGAACGGUGUUUUGAGUGGCCAAAUAAGAGCUGACAACUACAGGCAAUAUAUGCGACCAAGUGCUUGUCCGACUGCUCAAGCGUCUUCUGGUACAGUACCAUAUUCGUUAAGCUUAGGCAGAAAGAAGCGAUCUAUUUUUCCAGGUGCUGGGUCAACUUCCAACAGCGGCUUUCCAAAUCUUGUGCCACAGUGCCCUUACCAAAGUUACCAAGGUAUUUUAACUGGAAGCUUCGCCAGUUGCUGUCAAAGAAAUUACUGUUAUACGCCAAGAACUAGCAUCUUGAGGUCGGCUUCAGGGGUUGCAGCUUAUCAGGGUGAAUGGGGAGAAUACAGCGCGUGUACUGUCAGCUGCGGUGGCGGGACAAGAACGAGAAGCAGACCAUGCGUGAAAUACCAUAAUAACGACACUUGUGAACAUGAGGCACAGCAAACUCAUAGGUGUAAUGUGGAAGCCUGUCCUCGGUUUGGAGACUGGGGCAAUUAUGGAGUUUGUUCUCAUGAUUGUGGAGGUGGAACGCAAACCCGAACCCGACCUUGCUUACCUGAAGGUAGCACCUGCCAAGAUGACGCUCAAGGAGGAGCUUCUCAAUCACGACCUUGCAACCAAAUUGCAUGCCCAACCUAUUCUGCUUGGGAUCCAUGGGGAGACUGCAGUGUUCGAUGCGGCGUUGGAGAGAAAACACGGACAAGAACUUGUACAUCACCACCUGGAGCCGCACCAUGUAGCGCAGAGUCUUUGAUUUCCACAGAAUCGUGCGCCGUUAGUUGUGGGACAUGCCAGGAAACAGAAGGCCCAUGUGAAUCAUAUAAUAAAUGCUACAAGGAAAUUACAACUAAGUGCGUACCAGAUGCACAGGGGGGAGCUUACUGUCCUAACUGUCCCAACCGUAUCAUUAAAAGACGUUGCUUUCCAACUAAUGGUGGUAUACUUGGCUCUUACUGCGCAUACUGCCGGGACCCACAAGUUCCUUGUCUUCCAGUAACCCCAUAAACACUCUACCGUCUUUGCUUCUCGCAACAUUUAUUACCGCACGUGUUGAAAAGUAGUUACUCUUGUAUUUUUCUUAGAGAAAAUAAACAAUGUAUAUGGAAUAAUUAU